AAUUUGUGGGAGUCUCGUUUUAUCUCCUACUCGUUUUAUUGAGAAACAAACCCACAAAAACAGAAGAACUGAAUCCUAUAUCGUUAUAGCUGGUCUGGCUUGGCUAGAAGAAUGAGCAGCCACCAAAGCAAUCAAGACGCUAGAAACGAUGAUCAAUCCGGGACGCAAGAUCAUGCCUCCAUCUACAUCGAGGAUAUGCUUCGUGGGGUGCCUCCGACCCCGCCAGAGCGUAGUAUAUUUAGGGUUCGCCACGUACUACGCGAAGCAAACGAGAAAGCCUACGAACCCGAGGUUCUAGCCGUCGGGCCUUAUCACCGCAGAAACGACAGAUGCAAAUUUAUGGAGGAGCAAAAAAUGCGGUGCGUGCAGCGGUUGCUUAAGAGGAGAGACGAGGAGAGCUUCCACAGGUACAUGCCGAUCCUAAGAGAAAUGGAACAGCGGGCGCGUGAUUGCUAUGCGGAAACCAUCCACCUCCCCCAAAAUGAGUUCCUGGCGAUGAUGCUCAUUGAUGGUUGUUUUGUCGUCGAGCUUCUCCGUGAGUGCAGCAUGAAUGGCCCGCAUAUGGAGGCAGGUUUGAUUCGAAUUCUACCCUCCCUCCUGCGUGAUUUAAUGCUGCUCGAGAACCAACUCCCGCUGUUCGUCUUGAACAAGCUAUAUGACAUGACUAAAGGUCCGAACGAGCAUCAUGAGCUCAUCGACAUCGCCAUCAAGUGCUUAUGUGACCCACCAGUAGACUUGGACAGAAAUGCUACGCUUCGCAGCAUGCUUCGCGACAGCAAACAUCUCCUGCAUCUAGUGCACACUUGCUGGACUUUUCGCUUGCUUCCUGAGCGCCAGCCAGAAGGAAGCACCGCGCAGGAAGCAAGCACCGCGCAGACGGAGGCGAGAUCCAUGCUUGGCAACGUGCUUCGUGAGAGCAAACAUCUCCUGCAUCUAGUGCACACUUACUGUACUUUUGGCUUGCCUCGUGCGCGCAAGCCAGAAGGUAGCACCACGCAGACGGAGGUGAGAUCCAUGCUCUCCGCGACGGAGCUCAGGGAGGCUGGAGUCAGGUUAAGGGCAGUGCAAAGGCGACACCCUAUGGACAUCAAAUUCAAGAACGGGAUACUCAAGAUACCGGCCAUCACUGUAGAGGACUCCACCGAGUCGAGAUUUCGAAACCUGAUUGCGUACGAGCAGCAUCGUCAAUGCGGAGACAUCAGCCACGUGACGGACUACAUGUCGUUCAUGGAUUGCCUCAUACACUCUUCAAAGGACGUCAAGCUGCUCCGCUGCCAAGGGAUUUUCGGGAACUACUUGGGCGAUGACGAGGUAGUGGCGCAGAUGUUCAACAAGAUGGGUCACGGCGUCACUCUUACCGAUUUCUAUUACAAUGAGAUCUCCCGCAAUGUGAAUGAGUAUUGCAACAAGAAGAGGAACCUUUGGAUGGUGAAACUGAAGAGGGAAUAUCUCCAUAGUCCUUGGGCUUUCUUGUCAGUUCUCGCAGCCAUCGUGUUGCUCCUUCUCACGGCAGCACAAACGGCAUUUGCUGUUCUUUCUUACAUAAACCGAAGUUAAAUGUGACUAUUGUCCGUUUGAAUAUUUCCCUUGGACCAA